UGCAGUGAUUACAACAAUUAUAUAUCCUACGGACUAGGAACCUACUUUUUACCUACAUUUAGUUACGUUGUUAACUGAAGAAUUCAUGUGGAAGCAAGGCCAAAUGGAUUUUGUCAAAAGUUCAACGUUAGAUUAUCUCUCAGGAUAAGAACUUCAUCACUUCGGUUUAAUUGUUCGAAGUAAAUAUAAUUCGAUUAUAGAUAAUCCUUUAUAUCUUGUAACAGUCCGGUUCUUCAAGAUCGACAUAAGGAUGACCGAGUGAAUGUAUAUUUUUAAUUUCCGCUCUACCGAAAACUUAUAUAGGUAUAUAUAUAUUAAGUAUGUAUAAUUGAAAUUUAUUUCGGAAGAGUUAUUAUGAUAUCACAUUAGUUCGCUCCGAAACCUUGGCUACAGUUGAAUGCCGCCUGAGAACAUCAAAGUGAACGGAAAUGCAAUUGGUACUUACUGAUUUUAUAGGAUAAAAAAUUCAUAUUGAAGGAUGAAAGUCAAGAAAUACAGAUGUGGUUUAACCGCCGUAUCCUUGUCGUUUAUUAUUGUAGGAGCAACUCUAGCAAUUUCGAGCAUCAAAAUCUAUGACGUUAUUCUGAAAAAAGUACUAGAUCUGACACCUGGAGGAAUACUCUACAAAGAAUGGAUUAAACCACCACCAAGCAUGACAUUCGAUAUAUAUUUUUUUAACUGGACGAAUCCUGAGGAUUUCUACAACAAAAGUACCAAACCAAUUGUUACUGAAGUGGGACCUUUCAGAUUUGAUAUGCUCCCAGAACGAAGUAAUGUAACCUUCAACCCUUCGAAUGACACCCUCACGUAUGAUUUGAGGAGAUGGUAUAGGUUCAAUGAGGCUGAAUCACCUUUUGGUCUCGACACCAAAGUCACCAUACUGAAUCAGCUCUCAGCAGCAGCAGCAUACAAAUCGCAAGAGAUGAAUUUCAUCAUGAAGGCCAGUGUAUCCGUGAGCAUCAGUUCUAUGACCGAGGUUUAUAUGACAAGAAGUGUUAGAGAGCUUCUGUUCGAAGGAUCGCAAGAGACAAUGCUCGACGUCUUCAGGAAAUUUCCAUUUGGUGUGUCCAAAGACGAUAUUCCUGAAAGAUUCGGAUACUUUUUUGGGAAAAAUGGAUCUAGUGAUGGAACGUUCAACAUAGGCACAGGACAUGGAGACAAAAAGCUGGGGAUGUUAUUCAAUUGGAAUGGCCAAAACUACACUAGAUUUUAUGGGGACAGUUGUAACACUGUUGAAGGAGCCUCCGCUGAUUUCUUCACAGACAACAUUGAAAAAAAGACUAUAUUUAUUUAUAAUCCCGAAUUAUGUAGGAGAUUCCCUCUUGACUUCGUAGGAAAAAGCACUGUUCAUGGUAUCGAGGGAUAUAGAUUCGAAGUUGGUGCUUCAUUGCUGGAUAAUGGAUCCACAAUCGCUGGUAACGAGUGUUUCUGUGCUGACCAAUGCAUGAGAAAUGGCGUGUUUCCGGCAACUCUAUGCAAAGGCCAUGCAAAUAAUUUUCUAUCCCUUCCACACUUUCACAAAGCAGAUCCAUAUUACGCCAGUCUAGUGGAAGGAAUGAAACCAGACCCCAAAAAACAUAAUUUCUACUUAGUGGUAGAACCUACCACAGGUAUUCUCUUGAAGAUGGAAGCCAGACUACAGAUGAGCAUAUUUGUUACACAAUUUCCAUCAAUCAGUAUGUUCAGAGAGGCCCCUACCUUGCUCUUUCCAAUCAUGAGGUUCCAGAACAGUGUUAAGAUACCGGAAGUUGGUGCUUUUUCAUUGGGAAUACUCUUGAGCCUUAAAGGCGUGGUGAUUUGCAUUGGUUCCAUUCUUGUACUGAUAGGAACGCUCAUUUACCUGAUAUUUGUAUUCGAAUUAGGUAGGAAGAAGGAUUUGAUACAUGAAGAAGACCGAUACUGCCUGCCAGAAGAAAUAAACCCUCUCAAAGAAAAACAAAAAGAAAUAUGAAUGUGAUAUUAUAAAAGUCGUGUAACUUUUUAAGAAAUAUAUUCUCUACAAUAU